AUGGCAUCACCAAGGAAGUCCCUCCACGAGGAUGGCCCCGUCGAGACAGAUCCAAUACUUGACGGUCUCACUCUUUUCGAGAAGAAGGCCCAUAUCGUCAACCGUGAGCUUGACAGCAUGGGCAUGGGACGGUAUCAAUGGAUGAUAUUCGCUCUGUGUGGAUUUGGAUACAUGCUUGACCUGUUAUGGGCCCAGGCCUUUGGUCUUGUCGUUAGGCCCUUACGGCAAGAGCUUGGUUUCUCCGAAGGGGAAGUUGGUAAUAUCUCGAGCGCAUUCGCUGCAGGGCUCACCGCUGGUGCCUUUGUCUGGGGGGUUUUGGUGGACAUCAUUGGACGUCAAUGGGCUUUCAAUUUCACCGUCCUUUUUGCGAGCAUCUUCGGACUCUGUCUUGGUGCUCCAUCGAGUUACGACGCUAUCCUCGUCCUUACGGCAUUUGUUGGUUUCGGCGUGGGAGGGAACAUUCCGAUUGAUACCACCAUCACGCUCGAGUUCUUACCACAGAACCGUCGAUUUCUUCUCCCACUGCUAUCCAUCUUCCAACCAAUCGGCGUCGUGGUAUGCUCGGCUCUUGCGUAUGCGUUCAUUCCCAGAUACUCUUGUGCUCCCGACCUCUUAGCCUGCCGUAAUGUUGCUGCUGGGGAACCAUGCUGCACCAAGGCCGACAAUUAUGGCUGGCGAUAUCUUCUUUUCACCCUGGGUGCCAUUACCAUGGUGGUCUUUUUUCUACGCUUUGUCGUCUUCCGCUUCCAAGAGUCACCCAAAUUCCUUCUCUACCGGGGCAAGGACGAAAAGGCUGUCAAGGUCAUGCAGCAUAUCGCACAAUACAACCGCACCACGAGCCCCAUCACGCUGGAAACGUUUGCUGCAUUAUCCGGCGGUGAUUCUUCUACGGGCACCCCCUCCUCCAGCAAAGCAAUGCUCGGUGCAGGAGCCAAGCAACUGAAUAAUACCCUCGGUGAGAAAGUCAAGAUCGAGAUGGAACGAUACAAGCUUCUUUUCAAGAACGCAACGGUCACUCGCCUUACGAUCUUGAUAUGGAUUAUCUACAUCUUCGAUUACUGGGGUUUCUCGAUCGCUGGCGGGCUUCUCCCGUAUAUUCUUGCAGAGAAGUCUAGCGAGGCAGGGCUCAGUACCGAGUCGACGUAUCGCAGUUAUAUCUACAUCUACCUGUUCGGUCUGCCAGGCGUCGUGCUGGGCACAACACUUUACAAGGGUAGACAGGCUGCAAUGCUGGGAAGCUCGGCUCUCUUUGCUGCCACGCUUUUCAUCUUCACUGCUGUCGAUACACAGGCCAAGUAUAUUGGUGUCAACGGACUUGUCUACUUCUUCCAGAGCAUGUUCAACGCAGUUUUAUAUGGUUGGACACCCGAAGCGUAUCCCGCCCCGAUUCGAGGCACCGCUGCAGGUGUGGCAAGCUUCUGGGGUAGAAUUGCCUCGAUUGUGGGACCAAUAGCGGGAGAGAAACUGCUUGCAUUGUCAUACAAUGCGCCUCUUUAUCUUGCCGGAGCAGGGGUCUUCAUAUGCACUAUCUGCAUAGCAUUUCUACCCCGGAAAUAUCUGGGUGCGGAGAGCUUCUAG